UAAAUGAGAUUGCGAAAAAGCUGCUUAAAUCGUUUUUUUAUUUUUAUUUUUUGCGUUUUCCGCUUAGCUCUUCCCUCUUCUUCCCGCUCAGAGAUUCACUCUCAUUUCAAAUUUCGCUCGAUCUUUCUCAUAAAAAAUACAGAGUCAUAGUGGAGGGAAACAGAUUCGCUAAGAGGGAGACAAAGUGAAGAGAGAGAGAGAGAGAGAGAAAUGGUCGGUGGCAACAACAGCUUUGCCAAGACCAUUUGCUCAAUCUGCUACGAGGAUCUAAAGCCAAUCGUUGAAGACCUCCAAUCCAUUUCCAUAUGCGGUCACGUCUUUCACGAACUCUGUAUUCAACAAUGGUUCGAGUAUUGUUCGAAUGGGAAGAAGAAAAGCUGUCCUGUGUGCAAGCAGACCUGUUCGGAGGUUAAUGUCGGCCGGCUUUAUUUCCAGUCAAUUGGCAAUGCCAACGAUCCCAUUUCCACUCAGAAACCGCUCGAUUGCGGAGAAAAUCCAGAAGAAUUGCGCAGAGAGGUCAAGAAAUUGGAGGCCACGGUUAAGGGACUUAGUUCUGGUUUGGAGAGUCAACUGAAAGAUAUCAAAGAACUCAAUGAGGAGCUUUACUUUUGCAAGGAGCAGGCCAUCAAGGAGGCAGCAUCAAAGAAUGAAGCUUUGAAACAGAAAACAAAUUUUCAAAGGUUGUUUCUUUUAAAAUCCGAGGAACUUGAUAGAUCGACUUCAGAAUGCACAAGGCUGCAGGAAAGGAACAUGGCGUUGGCUAAAGAGCUUGCAGCACUCAAAUUGGUGUCUGAUUUGAACUUAGAGGAAGAAGAGAUUUUGAAGCUUGCUUCCCUAGGUAAUGAGGCCAACAGCAAAGAGACAGUUGACAUUUUAAAGAGGUCAUUAGUUAUCCGUAACAAGAGUUACAAAGAAUUGAUGGCCAAGUGCAAUAUUCUAGGAAGAGGAGAGGCUCGUUCCCUUAACAAGCUUGACAAGGCUAAAGAGAAAAUAAAGAAAUUGAAGACAAGGGUCCAAGAACUGGAGACGGCUUUUGAAUUAAAAGACAAUGAAGUUUUGAGGGCUUUAAAAGCUUCUAAGAAAUCUACUUGUAAAGAGGAUGUAGCGGAUGGUGUGAAUUUGAAUUCUAAAUCUUCGUCCAUCAAUAAAAGUUCAUCAAAAUGUCAAAUGGAGGAAUCUAUUGUACAGAAAAUUAACUUGGAACAAACUGGAAGUGUGACCAACGAUUUAUUUGGCUCUAGGGAAAAAGAAAAUAUGAAACCCAAGGAUAUGAGAAAAAAUAAUGCUAAAGAUGAUUCUAAAAUUGAUACAAGUUCAUUCGUUUUAAUAGACGAGGAUGCAUCAGAAAUUUCUACAUCCAUGCAUGAAGUCAUGCAUCCUGAUUCGAAACCUCAAGUCAGUGCGGAUAUAGCCAUAAAAGGAUACUGUAUGUCAAGGUCAGAGGCUGAUUCCAAUAAAAAAGAGGAAACUUUACAGCAUGGACCAAGUAGCAAGGUUGCAGUUUCUUGCUCAAAGAAUGGUAGUGAUGUAAAUACUCCAUCUGCUGCUAUGGAUAAGGAUUUAGUGUUGCUUCUUGAUGACAAUGCAGAAGUCCAACCUAUGCUUUGCAUUAAAAAAGGAACUCCUGGAGUCCCAAUUGCCCGACCAGGAGAUCGCUGUUUUGCUGGUGGAUUGUUAGGUCCUGAUGGAACCAAAAGGCAUUUGGGAAAAUGGUGUAAGCGGGUCCAGGAUAAGGGAUCAACAGAACCGUUUACAGCAACGCAACAAGCAAGUACAAAUACCAGUGAUUUAAUUGCUGUUGGUGCUGAUGGCAGAGGUGGUAAAAUCAAAGUUCUGAGGUCCAUAGAUCAGUCAUCACUGGAUAAUAAGGAGUCUUCACCUUGGGCAAAGAAAUGCAAGUAUGGAUCCAAAACAAGUAGUUUGCAGUCUCAAGGACACUUGCAAAUAGAACACUUUUUCAGAAAGUCAGGCCAAUAAUCACAUUUUCAAAGGUGCACGCAUUAAUGUAUCGGAAAUUUAUCAACAUGAAUUUAAAGAUCAAAUGAAAAUUUUUGUUUUUAGUCUUGCUCCUUGUUAAUGUGUGAUAGAAAGGUGAAGAAAAUAUCAAAGGUUCCUUUCGAAACCUUAAAGCGUUUCUAAUGAGGAUUUCACUCCUCCCAUAAUCCAUUCAAGUCGUAGGAUCCAGUCAGUGGCUAUACAAAAGCAAACACCAUGCUGAAUUUCCUCCCUAUUAUUGUUGUUUUUCUAUUAGGCUAAACAAUAAAAUUAGUGUUAGGUUUUAAAAAGGUUUAUUUGUGUAUAUUUAAGUGGAAAUAGUAGGGGUACAUGUGUGUAUAUUCAUAUUUAUUAGAUACAUCAGUUUUUAUAGUGCAAAAGCUCUUUUCUUUCUUGUUGAUGCAUGUGAUGGAUUGACUAUGCAGUUUGCCUUCUCAAAAUGAUAUUCUGGCUUAUAAAUCAAUAGUAACAUGGUAAAUGAUUUUCAAGUUUAUAAAUUAUUACUGAUAUAAGUGUAAGUGAGGUGUUUUUUCAAUAAGAAAAUCUUGUCCAUGGCUUUUGAAUUUAGUUCAAUUUCAAACUGUUAUUACGAUUUGCUAGUGCUCUUAAUGAUUCACGAUUAUGAUUCGGCAAUUAAUUGGCAAAUUCUAGGAUAUUGAAUUGGCCAAAAGAUCAAUUGCCAUGACAUUAAUUCAUGAACAAAUAUGAAAUAAAUCUAUUGUGCUCUUACAUGUUGAAAUAUGUUUAUGAAAGUGACCAGAAAUGACGGUCCAGUGAUAUAUUUAAGUAUAUAUUUCAUAUAUCAUUUUGCCGGUGUUAAUUUUGUUCUUUUAAGGAUAAUGAUUUUUGUAUCGGCUAAUCCAUUGAAUUAAAAGAAUCUCUCUUGAUU